GUGUGUGUGUGUAGUGUUGCUGUGUCAGUGUGUGUAGGGAUCGCUGUCUUUCAUCAGUAAUAAUGUCGGACAGUAACUCAUACAGACUGCGUUGCUCUCUCCCCGCACACGAGAUGGAUGUCAGGGGUCUCGCCGCUACCGCGUAUCCAGACGGAGCGUUUGUGUCCGUGUCCAGAGACCGAACCGCACGGGUUUGGGUACCAAACCCAAGUGAAAACCAUGCCUUUACGGAGAUGCACUGUAUGAACGGCCACUCAAACUUUGUGUCUUGUGUGUGUAUCAUAACUCCUAAUGAGACAUAUCCACGAGGACUCAUCGCCACUGGAGGACAUGACAACAACAUCUGCGUGUUUUCACUAGACAGACCAGACCCUUUGUUCACCCUCGAAGGUCACAAAAACACAGUCUGCACACUCUCAGCUGGCAAGUUUGGCACGAUACUGAGUGGCUCAUGGGACACUACAGCCAAAGUCUGGCUUGGUGAGAAAUGCAUGAUGACCUUACAGGGACACACCGCUGCUGUAUGGGCCGUAGUCAUUUUGCCAGAGCAGGGCUUAAUGCUGUCUGGAUCAGCUGACAAGACCAUCAAGUUAUGGAAGGCUGGUCGCUGUGAGAAGACUUACACUGGUCAUGAGGACUGUGUGCGAGGGCUCGCUGUGAUAAACGAGGUGGAGUUUUUCUCCUGCAGUAAUGACGCCAGCAUUAGACGGUGGAUGGUGACGGGUGAAUGUGUGCAGAUUUACUACGGUCACACUAACUAUAUCUACAGCCUUGCUGUCUUCCCUAACGGACAAGACUUCGUAAGCACAGGAGAGGACAGGACACUGAGGGUCUGGAGGAAGGGCGAAUGUUCCCAGACUAUCCGUCUUCCUGCCCAGUCAGUAUGGUGCUGCUGCAUUCUACCUAAUGGAGACAUUGCUGUGGGAGCCAGCGAUGGUGUUAUCCGCGUUUUCACCGAGAGUGAAGAGCGUGUAGCAAGUGCUCAGGACCUGCAGGCUUUUGAGGAUGAGCUCUCCAAAGCCAUCAUCGACCCCAAGACUGGAGACUUGGGUGACAUCAAGAUAGAGGACUUACCUGGCAGAGAGCACCUGAAUGAACCAGGGAAUCGGGAUGGCCAGACGCGGCUCAUAAAGGAGGGUUCUAAUGUUGAAGCGUAUCAGUGGAGCGUGAGUGAUGGACGCUGGAUGAAAAUCGGAGAUGUAGUGGGCGGGUCUUCUCAGCAAAAUUCAAAGCGAGUGAUGUAUGAGGGCAAGGAGUAUGACUUCGUCUUCAGUAUCGAUGUGAAUGAGGGAGGUCCUGGUUUGAAACUGCCUUACAAUGUGACAGACGACCCCUGGCUGACAGCUCACAACUUCCUGCAGAAGAAUGACCUGAGUCCCAUGUUCUUAGAUCAGGUGGCUAAUUUCAUCAUCGAGAACACUAAAGGACACACCAUAGGCCCAGCCACCGCCUCGGCCACAGACCCCUUCACAGGUGCGGGACGGUACAUUCCGGGUUCAGGAGGUGACAGCCAAGGAUUUGGUGCUGAUCCUUUUACAGGGGCUGGUCGAUAUAUACCAGGGUCAGGGUCUACAGGCACAGUGCCUUCAGGCGGAGCUGAUCCAUUUACUGGUGGCAGUGCGUAUUCCUCUCUUCCAAAAGCUACGACAAACAUCUUCUUCCCCAAUACGGAUGGAGUUAUGUUUGAACAGGCAAAUACAACUCAGAUCCUUGGUAAGCUUCGGGAGCUGAACAACACUGCUCCUGCGGACCAUAAGUUGAGUGAUGCAGCACUGGACUGUCUGGAGAAGUUGUUGCACUUAGUUGCAGACCUGAAGAGUCAGGAACAGCCCACGGCAGAACAGAUCAGUGUUCUCUGGAGGUCUUGCCACUGGCCAGAAGACAUUGUCUUCCCAGUGUUGGACAUCCUGCGUUUGGCUGUGCGCCAUCCUGAAGUCAACGCCCAGCUUUGUGGUGGGACUGAAGGUGCCAGUCUUUGCAACCAUCUCCUGGGUCUCAUGUCCCCCGAGGGCAGGCCCGCAAAUCAGAUGCUGGCGCUCCGCACUCUCUGCAACUGUUUCACUGGGUCUCACGGCCGCGCUCUACUCCUGGGUCAGCGUGACACAGUCCUGUCCCGGGCCGGAGACCUCCGCGUGGUCUCCAACAAGAACAUCCACGUGGCGCUGGCUACCCUGGUGCUCAACUACGCUGGAAGGUUGUACGGUCAACCCACUGAGAUCGAGGCGAAGGCACAGUGCUUAUCAGUGGCCAGCACUGCCUUAGAGGUCGUACAGGACAGAGAGGCCGUCUUCAGGCUUCUGGUGGCCCUGGGGACUACAGUGGCCGGGGACAACACCGCAAAGGACCUUGCACGAUCUUUGGGUGUCAACUCUCAGAUUUCUAAAUACGCCAGGGUCUCUGAUCCGGCUAAAGUGGGCGAGUGCUGCCGACUAGUGCUUGAUGAACUGCAGUGAUCUUAUGAAGGUGUCGGAGUGCAGCCAACUUCUCCUUCCAUUACUACUCCUCCAUGACAAAAACCUGUCUCUUUCAGAUCUCUUAAACCUCAAUCUCUAUACCAUUAGUUUGUAUUUAAAUUUUCACAUUUUGAUGCUGAAUGGAUCUGAAUGAAUGCAUGAUGUGAAUAAACACUGAUCAUUAAUUGAAAUCUUUCCUAAAGCAAGGCUCGUGUUAUUGAGGUCAGGGUUCGUACAAUGUGCUUAAAGGUCCACUGAAGUGCUUUGAAACACACAGCGUUAUUCUGUGCUGACAUAAUUUCAACUGAAACAGGAAGAGAGGACGUCAAGCAGUCCUGCACCCUUUUUUAAAUAGCCAAUAGAGUUUAGUUUAUUUCAGAGGCAUUGAUCUUGGGAAAGCUACAUUUGUCAGCAUAUUUUACAUUUUAAUUAACAAUUUUAAUUUCAUAGGGACUUUAAAGUACUUGAAUUUGACUUUUUGAAAUUUAAGCGCUGGAAAAUCUUUGAUAAUAGCAGUAUUCAUGAAGAAGUAUUUGAAAAGUGCUUAAAUUAUUGAAAGGCAAUGUAUCUAUCAAAUAAGUGUUUAAUUUUGUUAAUAAGCACGUCUUUUCACGUAAUUAAAAAACAUACCUUUUUCGCUUAUUUUAGUUAAUGUCAGAAAAGAAUCAAACUAAGCAAGUAGUAGUACUGACAGUAAACAUGGCUGAAGAUGUGAAAAAAAUACUCAUUUACGCUGGAACCGCUGCGAUUGAUUUAAACUUGUGACUUUGAUCAUUCAUUUCAAGAGAUUCAGUUAAUUAGCAAAAACCACAUCAAAUUAAAAGAGCUACUCAUUUUCAAAUUUAGCCAUUGCUUGUAAUGAUUUUAAAAAUGCAUGUAGUUAUUGUAGAGCUUUUCGAAACUCUGAAUCAGUUAAACCAUUGCAUCGCAAAAUGAUGCACUGUUUUGAACUGUAUCGCAAAUCAUUUGAUUCAGAUCGGGCCUUCAUAUCGCAUAUUGCAAACUGUUUGAUUUAGAUCUGAACUUCAGAAAGUCCAAAAAGAAAAUGUCAAACCAAGGCAGUACAGUUAAAAAAAAAAAAAAAAUACGCAAAUACAAAUCCUUUAAGAAAAUUAACCAGUUUUACUAUAGUAAAAGUGUAGUAUACUUUGUAAUACUUUAGUAGUAAUACUUUGCAUGUGCUUCACUUUAUUUUUGCCAAUAUAUUUUUAUUUAUCUAUUUCCUUUUUUUUUUAAAUUUGAAAUGGAAGACUGUUCGAUAAGUGAGAUCUCUUAUUGAAUACUUGAAAUCAGUAUCAGUGCUUGUCAAGUCCUUGAAAGUCCUGGAAUUUCAUUUUACAAUAUCUGUACGAACCCUGUGAGGUAGAUUGGAGGUUCUCAACUUUUUGACUCAAACUCCCCCCAUAGUUUCCCAACCACAUUUAGACUAAAACAUUUGUAGUGUUUCUGCUGUAAAUAUUACCAAACUCCUUGUUUUUAGACCUUUAAAACUACGAGUAUUUAUAUAUUGAUUUACAUAUAAUGAACAAUUUAUUUAGUGAUUUCAGGACUCUCAAGAACUGAAUGAUUACCGUUCAUCUUGAUUUAGAUUUAUUUUUAUUUAUUUUUUAGCAUUUUAAUGCCUUUUUUUUG